AUGUUUUUAGCUGCGGUUGCUCGCCCUCGUAUUGAUACAAAUUCUGGUCAGUCAUUUGAUGGUAAAAUUGGCAUUUGGCCAUUUAUGUUUAAAGAACCAGCCAAGCGUACAAGUAAAAAUCGUGUUGCAGGAACAAUGGAAACGAAACCAAUUUUGUCGGUGACAAAAGUUGAUAAUGCUAGACCACAUUUGAAUGUUAAUGAUCUACAAUUCAAUGAAGUUGCAGGAAUUGAUAAUUUUGAUAUUCAACUCUGUUUUCAGGCACCAAAUAGUCAUGAUAUGAAUGUUUUAGACCUUGGGUUCUUUAGAGCAAUUGAUGCAUUGCAACAAAAAAAGGCUCCAACUACAAUUGGUGAAUUUGUUGCUGCAGUGGAGAAGGCUUAUGAAGAGUUUUCCGAUGAAGAAAUAAAUAACAUUUUUCUGACAUUACAAGGAUGUAUGCUGGAAGUAAUGAAGGAUUUUGGUGGAAAUAAUUACAAGGUUCCACAUAUGAAUAAACAUAAAUUGAUAAGAGAUGGACAACUACCUCAAAAUUUAGAGUGUAGUGAUGAAAUAUUGAAUCAAACAAGACGUGCACUGCAUAUUGAGUGA